CCGAUGGCUUGCGCGGAGGCCGAGCUGCAGUCGGCGGUCAACGGCCUCGCCGGGAACGCGACAAAGAGGCUCUCCCCGCGCGUCCAGUGCGGCUUCGUGCGACCGCUGGGCAACGCCACGGGUGCCAGCAAGGACCUCGAGCACGUGCUCGGCUGGGGCGGCGUGCCCGUCGAGCACACGAGCAACUACCGCGUCACUCCGGGCUUCGUCGCCGCCGUCUGCCUGUGCACGGUGAUCCUGGGGCUGGUCGCCGCGGGGACGGCGCUGGACCUGCGCCGGGAGGCCCGGGAGCAGAAGCAGCAGGAGCGGCAGCUCGGCGGGCUCGCGGAGAUGGAGCAGCCCCUGUCCGCGGAGCCGGCCUCCCUGCAGAGGUCCCCUCUGGAGACGUUUCUGAACCACUGGUCCCUGGUUCGGAACUGCGGCUCGCUGAUGCGCAUCCGGGCCCCGGAGCAGAACCAGUUUGCGUGCCUCGACUCAAUCCGUGUGAUCUCGAUGGUUCAGGUCAUCCUGGGGCACUCGUUUCUCUACCCAGUGAUCUCUAGCGGCCUAAGCAACAUGGAGCAGUUCUCCCCGCCAAACGGGCUGAUGGGUCAAACCUGGUUCAUGAUGAUCCCCGGGUGUUUCUACGGGGUCGACAGCUUCUUCCUCCUCUCGGGAUUUCUGUGUGCGAAUGGUCUGGAGAAGAAGGUCUUUUCGAAGCCUCAGUUCAGGACGCCGGCCGGGUUUUCGAAAAUGUACCUACAGUUCAUUGUGAUGCGGUAUUUGCGAUUGAUGCCGCUGGCGAUGUUCGUGACCUUUCUCGUGACCGCCGUGCUUCCGAGCAUGGGGACGGGUGUGCUCUGGGAGAUGGAUCGCCCGAGCGGGACCCGGUGCUAUGGGGCUGCUGGCGGUAACGGUUGCGACAAGUAUUGGUGGACGAUUCUGUUGGUCAUCCAGAAUGCGGACAAGUACCUCGGCAAGUGCAUGGGCCACCUGUGGUAUCUCGCCGCGGACCUGCAGAUCUACCUGCUCGCGCCCUUCUUCAGCCUCGCCUACGCCCUGAACCACAGGGCUGGCUGGGCCCUCCUGGGCUCCGCCCUUCUGGCUGGCAUAGCGAUCCCGAUGAUCCUGAUGCACCAUUACCAGUGGGUGCCCGACACGCUUCUGGGCGGCAAGAUGUUCGGCCCGAAGGUGUACAUGAAGCCGUGGUGCCGUCUCUCGCCCUUCAUCAUCGGCAUCGGGCUCGCGUGGAUCUGGAGCUCGCGUUUCGAGAGGGCCAGGAGCCGGCGCUUCGUGGAGAACCGGGGCCUCUGCGUCACGCCCCGGGGUAGGUGGCUGAGCCUGGCGCUGAGCGUGCUGGGCAUCGGGCUCUGCUGCGCGGCGACCUUUGGCAGGCUGGUCAUGUACAAGGGCGACAUGACUGUCGUCACGGACAUCAACCGCAACCCCGCCGGCAAGUUCUUCAUGUAG